UUUUGGUCAGUCGCUGUGGCCGCAGCUACCGGGCCUGGGGACGCGGGCGGCCGGGAUCGUGGACGCAGCGUGCCUGUCUCUCCGGCCAUGGCCGCCCUUGGCCGGCCCUUCAGCGGUCUCCCCCUGAGCGGCGCCUCGGACUUCCUACAGCCAUCACCGGCCUUCCCGGGCCGGGCCUUCCCGCCGGGAGCCGCCGACGGUGCCGAGCUGGCCCCGCGGCCGGGACCCCGCGCUGCUGCCCCGAGCAGCCCCGGUGGGAGCGCGGCGCGCGGACGUGUCCCAGCUCCACGUAAGAAGAAACACAAGCGGGAGGAGGAAGAGGAGGAGGAUUGUCCAGUAAGGAAAAAAAGACUGACCGAGGCAGCACUCCAUGCCGGGCCUGAUGACUGGAUUCUGUGUGCGCAGCAGAACGUGCGGGGCCCCGGAGUCAGUCCGUGCACUGGUGCCCUCUCUGUGCCUGGCAUGGUGGAUGUGGUUUGUGAAGAGAUGGAUGAGACGAGCGCGGAAGCCCAGUGUGAUGUGGCCCGAAGGAGGCUUCAGGAGCUGGAGGACAGGAUAAUUGAUGAGGAUGAAGAAGUUGAAUCCGACAGAAAUGUUAACCACCUGCCCAGUCUUGUCCUUUCUGACACCAUGAAGACAGGCUUGAAGAGGGAACUUGAUGAAGUCUUUACAAAGAAGAUGAUUGAGUCCAUGAGCCGUCCUUCCAUGGAGCUUGUACUCUGGAAGCCUCUCCCAGAACUCCUUUCUGAUAAGCCAAAGCCAUUGUCUAAUGCUAAGAACUACACGGGAGAGAGCAAGACAAAGCAUUCAGCCGCUGGCACUGCCUUCCCUCAGAGAACUGAGCUGUUCUCAGAGCCCCAGCAAGCAGGCAUGCCGCUCUACAGUAGUUUGGAGAUAGCUGCUAACACAGAGGAAGAAAUGGAACUCUAGAAACCAUUUUCUAUACUAACACCAGAAUCUAGAGGGCUCUGUGUUCCGUCUUGAGCCUAUCUGCCUAUCUAAGGACUCAGAAAUUUUAUGAAACGGGUGUAAAAAUAUGUCCACCUGUGAUUUGGGGUGGGACUCUCAUUAUGGGUAACCAUUUAUAGAUUUUUUUUUUUUUUUUUUUUUUUUUUUUUUGCCAAGGAAGCUUGUCUGAAAAAGAAAAGCAGUUUUCUAGGGGACUUUUUAAAGGAAAUGUUAGAUGAUAGCCUCUUCAAAAGCAAGUAUGGAAGCUCUGUAUGUAAGGCCGACUUUGGUUAUCUGUCACUUUAUCUAAAGCAUUCAGAUACUUGAAGAUGAUUCUCCUUGAGUUGAAAAAGAUGGUCAAGAAGGAUGCUGUUGAUGAAACUCUACCCUGAGAGUCGAGUCACAAUUUAGUCUGCAGAUCUGACCUGUCUUUUAGUGGUGACUGUCCAUGAUUACAAACAAGGAGGGAAAAAAAUGUCAGGGCCCUAAGCUUCUUGCUGAGAAAUGUUCCCGAGGCCACGAAACUCGUAUAGUAGUUGCCAACUUAAUACAUACAGCUGCAGCAGUUAAAUAGCAGUUAAAUAGUUAAAUAGUUGUACAGUUUCCUCUUUCCCUCUGAAAAUGCAAGGGAAACAUGAAAUUAGGUUUUUUUUUGGUUUUUUUUUUUCCCCUAAGGCUUGCUUUUGUUUCUUCUUGUGCUGCUGUUGCUCCUUAGCUUCCCUUGCAUUAGUGACAGCCCCAUUACUCCAUAAUGUUUACAGCUUGAUUAACUUUGAGGGAUAGUUUAAAAGAUGGCGAAGUAACCCAUCUGCAAGUUGCCUAGGAGAGAAGCGUCCUUUAGUCGUAAGGAAAGUGCUGUGCCUGCCAAACCAACAGUUGAACGUUUCUGUAUUUUCUAACAACUUUGCCACUUGUUUAAGUAAGUCGAAUUUUUAAAUGUCAAUUCUGAAAAUAGGGAAUAAUUAACUGAGAAUCUACGGGCAAGUGACAUUGGGAUUUACUGGAACAGCCAGUUUGGCACCUAAACUGAACAGCGCAGUUCUCCCGCGAGCGCGCAGGCACGAGUGCAUCAGGCCCCAGGCAUCCUCCGGGGAUAGCCAGGAUUUAUUUCUCAGGAAGAACUCUUCCGGGUGGCAAGGACUCACAGUGCAAAGAAAAACGAGAAUUCCUUUAUUGCUGUGGAAUGACCACUGGAAGCUAUUAACUUACAGGAGUGGUGAGUGUUGUCCCCGACCCUCUUACCGCACGGCCGGCAUGCCCCAGUCAUUUUUGUUUCCUGGGUUUCUUCCUCCUUGGUAGGAAGCAGAUACUUUUUGUAGGAAUACCUGGCAUGUGCCAGGUAGAGGUGAAUGAUUGGAAAUCAGCCGCCAGGCGUCUUGGUAACCCGUGCUGAAAGCCCUCCUCUUGUUACAGAUGGCGGAGAAGUCUCCAGUCUGCUUGUUGGACUGCUUCUUGCUUCGCCCACUGUUCUGCUUUUUAUAUUUCUGUCUAAAAUAGUCAGGAAAAGAUUUCAUGUUUAAUAUUUAAACAUUAUUUAAUGUCUACGCAGUAAAAUUAUUCAAACUUUAAAACAGUAUUGAAACCAGUUGGAAACCAGCGAAUAGUUUCUUAAUCUCAGAGAUGAAUGUAAACUGUAUUCUUCUGAAACGCGCAAGUGUUUGAUUCAUGCCAUGUGAAAAACUCCUGCCUUGAUGUCAUUGUUUAAUGGGACCAACUUGUCAAAAAUGUAGCCUUAAAGAAGUCUCCAUUUCUAUAAAAGUGAUCUGGUACAGCCCAAAAAACACAGAAGGGACUUCGUUUGGAGUUAGUUCUGGUGUUAGGGUGGAAAGGAAGCUUUCCAAAGAAAAGAGCCAAAACACACCAAGAUGAUCUCGUGUUGGAAUUACUAGGAUGAGCUCUUGUCAGAAGGGUCAGUCAUGAGAAGAAGGAUAAGCCCCCCAAAAGGCUCUGAUCCGAAUAAUAAACCCAGGAGAGAGUCAGUCCCCAUCAGCCGACUCUGACAGAUCUAGUUCUAGGAGCUGACGAUUUCUGCAGGAAAAGUGGACGUUCGAUGCUCCUUUCUGAACUUUACCUUGCUAAUGUACUAGCAUUGUCUCCGUCCUUUGGUGCUGCCUCAUCUGAGCCGUCUCCCCAGUCCCAAGGCCUCUGCAUUCUCCCGCCCCCUCUCUACCCACCCCCCAACCCCCAGGAAGAAAGGCUUUUGGUUUUUGCCUCAAGGUUUCCCUAGGGACUUAACAGAUGUUUUCAUUUUGUACAGCUUUUGCAGCAUGGAUCAAACAUUGGCUUGUUAUGCUAAUGUGUGAAAAGAUAAAAUUACCUAAAGCGGAUGAGCUUUAAAGAACAAAUGUGUAUUUUCUCUGAGUUUGAGUAGAGUGCGUGUGGUUUGGGUCUUGAUAUGAAGAAAGCAAGUCCAGUUCUCACAAAUAUUAAUCGUUUUGUUUAAACAUACUUUUUCUUGAAAAGGUACAAAUGUAUAAUUUAGCAAACUAGAGUAGGGGUUAGGACCACGAAAAGAAUGUUUAUCAACUGGUUUAUUUGGUAUUUUGGAUCUAGAACUUGGUUUUUCUUUUUUGAUAGUGAAACGAAUGGUGUAGUACGGGGAAAGGUCUGGAAGAUUUGCUGUCAGUUUUUUAAGUUGAGAAUUUGGUGUUUCUCUAUUUUCAAUAAAAUUUCUUAAAUGUU